CGCUCAUCAUCUAGCAAGAUGUCUAACUAUGGAUUCGAAAAGCCGUCUGGCUCAUCGUCUAAAAGGAUGUAUAAUCCUGGACCCGAGAAGCCGUCUGGCCCAUCAUCCAACAAGAAGUCUCAUUUGGUCAAGAAGCCUCUUCCAUCCACUGACGAGAUGACUGGACUCACAAUUGAGGAUACGAUGAAUAAUAGCAAGAAAGACCACGAGUUGUUCAAGAUGGUGUACGGGAAGUUCGGCGAUGAGAAAGCCACCGCCAUGGCCGACAAGUAUUCCAGCCUCUGGGAAGUCCCCCACGCCCGCAAGGGCAACAAUGGGCCUGUUGGAGCGGCCCAGACAGUUCGACUGACGCACGCGCUUCGCAGCACCCACUCGGUGCUCGCUAAUCUUGCAUAUGGCAUCUGCAAGACCCAGGGUAUCGAGCCCGCCAGCAUCAUCACCGCGAGCGUCGACGAUGAAUUCCUAGAGCAGUUCGAGGCCUCGACCGAUAAGGUCAAGGACAUGGGAUCCUACGCACGCCUCACAGAGAGCGUCAUCGAGCAGACAAAUGCGCUCCUCAACUGGAUCGACGGCGCCCCCGACGCCGAGCCCUCCUUCCCAAACAAGUUCGUGCCGAAGGACGCUAAACCUCUCCACGGGUUGAUGGCCCCGGCUGCAGUCAAAGAAUAGGAUUCUGAUGAGACUAUGGCUAUGGGUAAGGCCGAGGAAGAAACCAUGGCUUCGACUAAGCCUAUGUCUGAAACUAUGGCUAAGGCCCAAGUUCUGGCAGAGGCUUGGGGAGAUAUUCCGGAUGUGAUGGAUGCCUCCAGUGAAAGUUCAUUCAAC